CAGCACUCUGUGGACGAUCCUACGAGUUCGAAGACAUAUUCGUUCGUGGCACUGCCCGGCAACGCCGUCCGCAAACGACCAAGACGCCGCUACGACGAGAUCGAGCGCCUGUAUCAAUGCUCGUGGCCAGAGUGCACCAAAGCCUAUGGCACGCUGAAUCAUCUCAAUGCACACGUUCAGAUGCAGAAGCAUGGACCCAAGAGAAGCCCAGGGGAAUUCAAGGAGCUGCGCAAGCUCUGGCGCAAAACAAAGAAGGAGGCGGAGGCAUCCUCCAUGGCGGGCGCGGGUGCGUUGCGAAGAAGCAUGAGCAUGGGUUUCGGGAUGGGACUUCGACGGGAGGAUCUGUACCAGUCUCCCUCUUACAUGCAUGGACCCCCGCACCACCAUCGAUCAUUUUCGCACCACUCCGCGUCCGGUCUGUCUCCGCCGUUGUCCGCCUCUUUACCGCAUCAUGCUUACGGCGUCGAUGCCCACACAUCAACACAUCCGCUUCGAUAUAGUCCGGACGCUCACGCGCACACGGCACAGGCUUACGGCGGUGCAGACUUCCGGCCGGCUGCUUCGGGUCCAUGGACGUCGUCUUCGCGGCUGGAUCUGUAUCAGGGUCAGCAGCAUUCACCGUCCAGUGCUUAUGGAUACAUUGACUCGGGUGGCUCGGGCUCAGCCACUGAGAUGUAUAACCACUCAGCGUCCACGCCCAGGGCGCGCCUUCCGUCGAACAGCAUGUUGUUGACACCCCUGGUUGGCCCUGCGCAUGCUCACGGGACAGAGACCUAUGCUGCCGUGGCCGACAGCUACUAUGCUAAACGUCGCGAAGGCAGCGGCGACGAGUACUGAGCGAUGUCGCAUCCCUUUCUUGCCCACGGACAUGUUUUCUUGGGGUCGUGUGUCAUCUCCAUUACAUCUGUCUGCCCGUCGUCCUGUUAUCAUGCUGACUACGCUACUCUUGGAUUUAUUGCUGCACAUACUUACCUGUUAUACGGUAUGUAACUUAUUCCAUCAUAUGCACUGUAUAUUGUUUCGUACUGCUACCACAACUUGUACAUUGACCCGCUAGACAAAAUAAGCAUUCUGUCCUUCACAAAAUCUGUCCAUCGGAAGCGAAUGUCUGCUUCGCGACUUCUCUUCCGAUUGGCAAGCCAACUGCGAUGGCUUCUCAAGGUGGCUGCCUUCUCUUACGUGAGCAACCUUAACGGAUCCCUGAACACCACCCACCCAUGAGUGGGAGCCUCAACGCGGUCAUCAACUCACGUUCAGCACGCAUCAAACAGCGCCGGAAAAGUGUAGAUGAAGCGAGCAGAUGAUGCUCGGCUUACAUCUGUUCGAUGGAGGGACCAAUAGGAGCGAGCGGGAUCUAUAUAUGUGCUUCACAUCUUGAAGAUAGGCGUGUGCCCGUGACGGAUGGUGGAGGUCGCGCGU